ACACCGCUAGAAGCUGUGCCUACUAUGCCGCUCACAAGAGAGCUUCUGCAGCAACAUACUCGUAAGUGGGAGCAGGAGUAUCGCGAUACGUGGAAGAAACGACUGGGACUCAAGAGGCCAACUCAGAGAAUUUCGAAAUUAUUUCAGCAAACUGAAUUUACUGUGCCGGUAUCCUCGAAGAUUUUUCGCGACAACAGCGGCUGCUCCAAACCGACGGUGACCCAAAGCGCCCCGGCUUGUCUUUCCUCUACUCGUACCGAUCACUGGCCAACAGUUAAUAGAGGCGAAUAUUAUCGUAGCCUUGGACCAAAUCCGCCACCGCCACCAGGCAGAAAUUUUCAGAUCACAUCUGUGCCGCUGCCGCCACCGCUACCGAUCGAGGAUCGCCGAUCCGCGUUUGUCUCACUUCCGAUCACUGCCACUACCAAAUUAUUCCGGGAUGCUUCUCAACCGAUCAAUUUGUCAGUGACAGAACAGCUACAAGCACGUGGGGUACCAGAGCCAACAUCAAUAGCAACAGGUACCGAGGGGCAGCCUGUGUUCCAGCCGCCACCACAACAGCACCGUUCUGUAAUCAGAACAGCCCUCAUGUCCAGCACCCAGAAGCAGCAACAACAACAGUAUUGUGGUCCAGAUGCAGCAAAACUACCGCCACCAGCAACACCUGUAGCACACCGUCAAAUGCCGACCACGACCUUGGACAUGGUAUUCGAUUGGGGUCAAACCCUGGAAUACAGCAAUGGUGCUGCUACUACAGAACCACGUGAAACGUGUGCGGCACGCUUAAUCAACAUGGCACAACGGGCACAACAACAGCAACAACAACUGGGCCAGAAGCAACAACAACAGCAAGUUCACUUGCCGCUCGCUAACUCACCGGUCAAGGAAGCCACCGAUGCGCUGAUGUUACUCCAGGAAACAACAACAUUUUGA